GUCCUCAAAUCUAUCCAUCCAUCAAUCAUCUUUCUGCCUUAAAAUUUCAUCACUUGCAACUCCAUAAAUUCUUCACUUUAAACUCAAAAAUUUGAAGAUUGAGCUUUGAAUUUCACUUUUGGAUGCUUGCUUGUAACGUUUCUUCAUCAUUGUUUCAGAGUGAUAUAAUUAGACAAAGUACCUUAAGAUGUCAAGUGCUACUAUUACUUGUGUAAACCAGAUGUCCAUAAGUGAACAAGUCUGCCAAGGAGUUGGAUCAAUUCUAGGAACCUUUGGAUGUGAUGAAAAACCAAAAUACGAAAGUAGUGCUAAUUCAUUGAGAAGGACACUUUCUGCUGUUGACAUGUCUUCUAGAGUUACUGGUCAAGAUAUCGAACCAAAGAAUGAUUUUGCUCAAAAACAACAACAACAACAACAAGGACAGCUUGAUAUUUGGAGUUCAGUUCUAACUCAAAAACCAUCAUCUCUUCCACCUCCUUAUAUUCAUCCUCUUGUCAAAAAAUCCAAGAGUUGUUUAUCUCUUAGAAGCCUCGAGAUUUGUACUGAAAACUUAGGUUCUGAGUCCGGCUCUGAUGGUUACCCUCCUUCUAGCGUCAGUCUUUCCGAUACUGAAGAAGAACGUGAAGAGAUUAAUGAAGAGGAAGAAGAAGCAAUCCAAGAAGUAGUAGUAGAAGAAACUAAGACACCAGAGCUAGUCAAAGUUGAUAUUAAGGAAGUAGUAGUGAUGAAUUAUAGUAAGAAACAAUCACCACCAUUACUAGCUCCUAGAUCUUUCCCACCCCCACUGAAAUCACUCUCUAAAUCAGUAGUAGUAGGGGGAAUUCACAUGAAAACUCAUCGUAAAGAUGGAAGAUUAGUUCUUGAAGCUGUCACUGUUCCGACUUCUCAAAACAACUUCAAUUCUCAGCGUCAAGACGGCCGUCUUGUUCUAACUUUCGCUUCACCUAUCUCAAAAUCCAAAUCAUUCGACGACAACGGAGAAGAUGUUUUUGAAACUGAUGAGGAAGUAGAAUUCGAUAUUAGUCCAGAUAAUGAGAUUGAAGAACCCAUAAUCGAAGAAGAUGAAGACAGGAUUGUAUUGGAAAUGACAAGUAGUACUAGAGUACUUCAGAAACUGCAGCCAACUGGAGUGAUGAAUGUUCACAGAUCAGCGAUGAAUAAGUUUAUAGGUCUGACAAACAACACAACUUUGUCAUCAUUGUCUAAGAAUAACAACUUCGAGAGACCAAUGAUUAAUCUUGGUCAUGAAGUACUAUCACGGCCACUUCCAUUAUCAGCAUCAACACUAGCUGCAGCACCACAACAAACUAUUGCAGCGGCAGCGGUCGAAGGUUCAUGUUUCAACAGGUAUGAGUACUGCUGGCGAAAGGAGACAGCCGCAAUCGGUGGAAUUUGUGAUUCACAUAACCAUCAACAAUCACUGCCCAACGCCAACAAAUAUACUUACAACAGCAACAACAACAACAACAGCAAUAAUCUCUUAACCAGCAGUAAGAAUAAUUACUAUAUUAAUAAUAGUAAUAAUCUCUUUGUUAAGGAUUCAAUAACAACAACAACAAAAGGAGGAGCGAAAGAUUAUAAGGAGCUGGAGAGACAAAAUCUUGCCGAACAUCUCAUAGUACUUCCAGCUUACUGUAAACCAGAACCAAGGAGAUCUCUAGUGAAAGUUUGGGAACCACAGUGCAUUGCCACAUCUUAAUAAUUCAUCAAAAUCAUUUCAUAUAUUAAUUAUAGAUAUUUCCUUUAUAUUGUUGAGUUUAUGCGUAAUAAGUAACAUUUUUACUACUAGUAUUUAUAUGAUGCAAGAGUAUAUGUGUAUAUGGUCUUCUAUGUAAUAAUAGAGCCUGGUGGGUGUCGAACAUUGUUAUAAAAUAACAAAGGGAGCACCUGUAAUUUGUGAAUGAGAUAUUUAAUUUAAGAAAAAUAAAAAAUAUUAUUAUUAUAUUUAA